GUCCGAGGCGGAGCAGUCCCCACGGACCCCAUGGAUAAGUUCUGCGCGGCAUUGCAGGAGCUCAUGACCACCUUCGCAGGCACCAGGAACAGUUCCGGUGGCCCUCAGAACGGGGACGGCUGGACCAACCGCCCUGCUCGGAACCGCGACCGGACCCAGACCAGGCGGCAGGAGGCUAAAUCCAACAAGUUCGACGCCUUCCUCGACCGCAUGGGGAAACUCUUGGUGGACGCCAAAGCAGGCCAGUGGUCCCUCGAGAAGCUCUUCGGGGGGAUCGCUGACGCGAUGAAGGCAGCGGGCCACAGCUCCGAUGCCAACAACCAUGCUGGCCAGGGCCCCCCGGCUGGCAACCGUGGUGCUCCGCCCGCUCCGGGCCGGGGCCCAGGCAGAGGCGGCCCCGCAGCAGCCGACCCAGAACUGCCGAGGCUCGCGCGGAACGUGUGGAAGAAGGGUGCGGUCAUGACCUUCCAGGCCUUCUCCGCGGCGAUUGAGAAGGAGGGCCACGAGACGGCGCUCGCAGACCUCGAGGCUAUCGUUGCCAAGCCUUGUCAGGUCCAUCUGGCACGGGACUUGGCGAGCUCGCGCAAGUACACCGCCACAGUGGGCAUUGUGUGCAAGGCUGACGAGAAGCCGGGCGAACACGGGGACGCAGCUAAGAAGUGGCUGAAGACCGAGGACAAGUCGGGGCGUGAAGGGGUAGAAGGCCUUUGGGUCAUUCCUCUCAUCACUGCGCUCGGUCUGCCCCAGAGCCUCGGCGGCCUCGCUGCCAAGAGGGCUACAGGAACAGUCGCGGAGCGCGAGGGGGCUGGAGCCACCACCACGGUCCGAAUCACCAUGGUCCACCGCUUCGUGCUGCCGGAGGUGUGGCGGGCAAGCAUGGUGAGCUCCCUCCACUCCUUGUGGGACACUUCGGCGAUCACGAGGACGUACGGCUACCGCCUGCUGGAGAGCCCAGACGGCAGCGACAAGUGCCGGACAUGCUUCGCCACCGUGCAGAGCGGCAAAGUCGGCGCGCUGCUCAGCCAGAGCGGCCGUUCAGGAAUAUUCUGCGAGGAGCUGGUCUGCCACAAGUGCAGGAGCCUCGUGGAGUGGCAGACCCUCGAGGACGCCGAGGAGCCCCGCGACUACCUGGAGAGAGUUCUCCGGCAGCAGCGUUCCACGACAGGGACGGCGCUUGGUUUGGCCUACCGCCGUGGCGGCAAGGCACAGCUCGGGUGGCGCCAACCUUCAGGUACGGCACAGACUUUCCCUGCGCGCCCACUCCCGUGGGAAGUCCACUCGACGCCGUUGGACUGGUCAUCCGAUGACGUGAAGACCUUCCUGACCGAGAACGGAUGGAAGGAAGUCUCCCUCGAGAAACCCCGCUGGGGGAGACGGGGGUGGGUGUUCCGCAUGGUACCGCCAGAGGGUGCGCAGCUCCAGAACGUCCUCCAGCUCAAGAACGGGGAGCACGUCCGAGUGUGCCGAGAGGUACGGCGACAACCAGGCAUGGAGGCUAAACCACUGUCUGCCCGCCCAGGGGCCGUCAGACAGGACCUCGUGAAGCUCGGCAAGGACGCGGACGACAGGCGUGCGCGUGCAGAACCCUGGAAAGGUGGCUCCGGCGAGGCGGCAGCACCGGCCGAGGAGGGAGUCAGCGGCGAAGGCAGCAAAAUGGACACCGACGCGGGACAGGAGGAGGCUCCUAAAACCGAGUCCAAAGCCAGGGCCCCCACGGGCGGCCCAGGCAGCAAGAAGGCCAAGGGGGAGAGCGUGCCGCAGCGUGCGCUGGACCACAACACGUGGGACCUCGGAGGCACCGGGGACUGCUUCUACCGCGCGGUGGGCGCAGCCACGGCGAUCAACGAGAAGGGCACUAGCGGCAAGGAGCGGACCCGCGAGGACGUCCAGCGGAACAUCGUGGGGCUGGCGGCGAAGCUGCGGGCCGAAUCCGUCGGCCUGAUCAGGAAGCACCGGCUCUGGGAGGCCGCCUGGGUGCAGGACCCCUCGACCAACCAGACUCUGGAAGACGGCCCAGUACCUACCAGCUGGGAGACUUGGGUCACGGCCUGCGCGAGGCAGAACCGCUGGGUGGAUGAGUACGCCGCUGCGGCGCUCGCCCUCCGCCUCGAACGCACCAUCGUCGCCUUCUACUGGCACGGUGGCAAAUGGGUGAAAGGCUGGACUUUCAACCCGCCUGCAGACACGAACGACCCCGUCCUGGAAAGGCGCAGGAGGAAGGCUCUCUCGCGCCCGCCGGUGCCGGUCUGCCUCAGGGGCCAGCACUACUUCACCCUCCACCUCAACCAGGGCGAGAAGGACUGGCCGAAGGAAUGGGCCGAGCCGCCGGAGGAGGAGGUUCCUUCGAGCCAGCUCCGCGCCGGUGCAGCCGACGGGCACAGCGACCUGGACGACUGGCAAGGCUCGCUCGCCCCGCCCGGCGCCUUCGCUGGGGAGCUGGUGCAGGAGCGGCGCAGGCACCGCGACCAGCGGCAGCGCGCGGACGAGGCGCGGAGUGCUCCCACGACCCAGCCACCAGCAGACAGCCUCAACCCGCGCGGUUCGACGGCGACCGAUGUGGCGCGCGUGGGCGAUGUGGACAGCGACGAGGAAGCCGUCGCGUGGCCCGCUUCCAAAAAGUACGGAGCACGCCAGGCACGACAGCAGUGCCUGGCACGGGGCAGCACGACCUCGUGGUCAUGCCCGCUGUGUGCAGCACAAGGGGUACAUUGGUCCUGCGAUGCCCAACUCAGGGCCGGAGGUGCACCCAAGAACCCGAUCGGUGGCGUCCAGAGGCUGCUGUACAAGCGGCGUCAGGCACACCUGAAUAAGUGCCACCCUGGUGUGGACAAGGCACCGCUCUCGCCCAAGCCCGCGACCGAGGCGGUGGAGCCGAAGACGGCGGAAGAGUGGAGGGCGCUCCUGCAGCUGCCUGUGGGGCCCAUCCCCGAGGCUUACGCCGCCACCAAGUGCAGGUACUGCGAGAAGACUUGGCCCGCGCACGUGCAGGGCCACCAGCUCACCAAGUCCGUGCGGGCCCAUCAUGUGAAGGAACGCGCGGGGCAGAGGCAGCAACGUGCCCAGACCGUGAGGGCCAGCAAGGCGGAACAGCGUGCACGCAGAGAGGCAGGCCUGGAGCCGCUCCCUCAGAACGUGUUCCAGCAGAGGACGCAGAAGCGGCUAUACUGGAGGGGCCCGGCAGCCGUCGCGGCCUACCGGAAGACGCUCAAGGACCGCCGCCGGGCUGCUGCUGCCAUAGGCGCGACGCCCAGGAAGAUUCUCAAGCGCCCGGCGGCGCAGGACAUCGACGUGGUGUGCCUCCAGGAGGUCGGGCUCACCGCCAAGGAGUUCACUUCGUUCCACAACCGCUUCUGGUCCCGGGGCUACCAGUCCUACCACGCUGCGGGGUACGAGCGCUGUGACGACCGGCAGGGCGGCGGGCUCGUCGCGCUGAUCCGCAGGAAGAGAGCAUGUCGUUAUCUCUGGCGCCUGACCGGGGAGGACGCCCAGAUGCUCGUGGUGCAGGCCGCUGAUCUGGUGAUCUUCAAUGUGUACCGGCAGCCGAGCAAACAGGGAGCACUCCACACCAUCAUGGACUCUUUCAUUGACAGCCUCCAGACCGACAGGAUCCAGAGGGCACUUGUAAUCGGCGACUGGAACGCCCUGCCGGCGGAGGUGCCUGCGGCCUCGCCCUGGUGCACUUUCGAGAAAGCCACAGCGAACGGCAGCGACAUCCCUACCAGGAAGGGGGGCACCAGAUGCAUCGACUUCGGGAUCUCUUUCGGCGUAAAUGGCCACAACCAUCACAUCGUCCCCUUUGAGGCCUCGGACCAUUUCGUGGUUUCCAUGCAGUUCGAGACGAGGGAUGAGCUCGUGGACGAAACGCGGCUCCAGCAGCACCGCGACCUGGCAAGGCCGGCCUCGGUCCCCAUGGAGACUUGGAUGGACGUCUGCCGGGCCCUGUGGGAGGGGCGCGGCGGCGCCCCCGCAGCGGACGAGGAACACGACCUCCGCAGGCGCUGCCCGCACGAGUCGGGGUCCCCCCAGGCGCAGCAGUGGGUGGACAAGCUCUGGGGCGACUUUCAGGCCGCGGUAGAAUACACGCUGCUCGAGGCCGCCGAGAGACUGCUGGAGGACGGCACGGCGCCUGACGACAGCACCGAGGGCGCCGCCCCCUGGGUUGCCGCAGACCCCUGGGGGCAGGAGAUCCAGCGCGUCUGGCAGGGGCCCAAGAAGGCCACCACUGCAAGGGCCACCCCGGCCAAGGGAGAGCUCCCCGAGGGACAGACAGGCAUGGCCACCCGGCGCGCGCGCUGCAGCCAGGCGAUGGUGGCCAGCAGCUACAAGGCGCGGCGGUGCAGCACCACGCUCGGCAGGUUGCGCCGGCUGCUGUGGCUGGAACAGCAUGGGCACGGCAACGGGAGCGAGAGCCACGCUCUCCGGGUCAAGCUCGACAGGGCCACCGACAGCCGCGAGUACACUGGCGGCUACGAGAGCUCCCUGCUCACCAGGACGGCGCUCCUAGAGACGCGGGUCCAGGAGUACGAAGGCGCGCUCGAGGCCAUCGAGAAGAGCGACCGGAACGACAGAAUCCGGGUUUGGAGGGCACGGCUCACGGGUAGCAGCAAGGCGGCCCACGCCUCUCUGCAGCCGAGACAUCCGAAGGGGCUGGCUGUUCUCCAGAACAACGUGCAGUCGCGCACCACCAAGGAGGCUCUCGACUUCCUGGUCCGGCGAUGGAGAAAAGUGUGGGACCGCCCGACUCCACCAGCCGACCGGUGGCGCCCCAGGCUACGACGGUGGUUACCGCACCGCACCCCUCGCAGGUGGUACCCGCUGGACGAGCAGGAACUCAAUGCAGCCAUGCGUGCGCAGGCCGGCACCAGCGUUGGCCCAGACGGCUGGCGAGGGAAGGAGGUGGCUUCCGCUCUGUUCACUGCAGCGACGUUCGCUCACCUCACGGCGGAGUUCGAGGCCAUGGCCUGCCUGCCAACGCAGUGGGCGGACAUGAGGCAAACGCACCUGCCCAAGGAAUUCCCGAGCGAGGAGACUCCGGAGGCGCUGCCCGACGACAAGUUCCGCCCGAUCAGCGUUUCGAGCGCCUGGCACAGAACGUGGGCUACCGCGCGGUUCAAAUCCGAAUGUUGUUCCGCUUGGCUCAGCGACUGGUGGGACAACGACAUGGUGGGCGCACGCCGCCACAGGGAGGCAGCCGAGGCGGUGGUGAUGGCAGCAACCAACACCAACUGCAACGAGUACUGCACGAGCUGGGACUACAGCCUGGCCUUCGACAUGUGCCACCCGGACGUGGCGGCAGAGGCAUUCGACGUGGUCGGCAUGCCGGGCAACUUGGUACACCUCCUGCGCACGCACUGGACCCGACAACGGCGUUUCAUGUGCUACGGUGGUUGCGUGCACGAGCAGCCGCAGACCGUGUCCACCAGCCUGCCGCAGGGAGACCCGUUCAGCCCCGUGGCAAUGGGGUGCGUCCUCAUGGCGCCGCUGAAAGAAGUGAAGCACGAGUGCAGGGACGUAUCCACGCAGCUCUACGUGGACGACAGGACGUGGCAGUCCCGCAGCAUCCCCUCAAUGCUCAGAGCGGGUGCCAUCUGGAACAGCUGGAGCGCGGACCUCGGACUGGCAGAGAACGACGCCAAGCAGCAGUGGUUCCACACCGCCGGCAGGGGGCGCAAGGCGCUGGCCGCGGCGGGGGUGCCAACGGAGACCAUCAGCGACACGGCCUGCAUCCUCGGCAUGAAAGUCACCGGAGGCGCAGCCCGGAUCGAACAGACACGUGCCGUCCAGCGGCUCCCGCAUUCCCUGGCCGGGAAGCUCGCCGUGGCCACGGCCGGGCCGAUCAGCGUGGCCGAGUAUGGCUGGCUGGAGAACCCGCCGGCCAAGAGGGACACGCAGGCAUUCCAGUCCCUGGUCUGGUCCGCACUCGAGGCGCCGCACCAGGCGAACCCGGCGCUCCGCUGCCUCCUCCUCGGCCACAGGGUCGAUGUCAGGUACAGAAUACAGCAAGCGGCCAUCACCUCGUUGGCGCGCGUGCAGCGCAAGGGCAGAGACCCGCACGCCGACUUCACGAUGCGCCUCACCUGGGACUGCACGAAGCGCGGCCUGGCAAAGAACCUCCACCGGCACCUAGCGUGGACCGGAUGGGAGCACGACCCUGCCCUGCCCUGGACCUGGCGCCACGCCGGCACAGAGGACAGGUUCAGCUUGGACAGGCGGCAGCUGGACUGGAAGAGCCCAGGCCGCCUCGCGCACAGCCUCCGGGAGGCGUGGCGCUACACUCGGUACGCAGAAUGGCAGCGGGCGGGUCGACGCGACAGCACUCUCUGCCAGGGCAUAGGCUACGACCCGAAGCGGUACAAGGCCGUCUUCGAGCACAUGAAGACCCGGCCGGGCCCCCACCUCAGAGUGAUGGGAGGGGCCAUCGUGUCGCCGGCGCACCUCCAUGCCAGCGCCCCAGCGCAG